AUGAUAUUCUUUAGGAAGGGGUUAAAAGAGAUUAACAAACAAGGGAAAGAGGUUAUGUAUGACUAUGAAGACAGAAUUAACCAAGCUGUAUUUCCCGGACUGCAAGGUGGUCCACAUAAUCACACAAUAACGGGUCUAGCAGUUGCUCUGAAGCAGGCAAGAACACCCGAGUAUAAGGCCUACCAGGAUCAAGUUCUCCGUAAUUGCUCAAAGUUUGCUGAGACUUUGCUAGCAAAAGGAUAUGAUUUAGUGUCUGGAGGCACUGACAAUCAUUUAGUUUUGGUGAAUCUGAAAAACAAGGGAAUAGAUGGAUCAAGAGUGGAAAAAGUAUUAGAAUCAGUACAUAUUGCAGCAAACAAGAAUACUGUUCCUGGUGAUGUUUCUGCCAUGGUUCCAGGUGGCAUCCGUAUGGGAACACCAGCUCUCACAUCAAGAGGAUUCAUUGAGGAAGAUUUUGCAAGAGUGGCCGAUUAUUUUGAUUUAGCCGUCAAGAUAGCCUUAAAGAUCAAGGCAGAGUCUCAAGGAACAAAGUUGAAGGACUUUGUAGCAACAAUGCAAUCAAAUGAGAAAUUACAGUCAGAGAUGGCAAAGCUGCGUGAGAUGGUAGAAGAAUAUGCUAAGCAAUUCCCAACAAUUGGGUUCGAGAAAGAGACCAUGAGAUACAAAGAGUAG